CGGUGGUCGUCACACUUUCCAACCUCGUUCGCCAUCCCUCUCCCCAUCCCCGUCCCCGAUGCCUGUCGAAACAUGCAUGGUGGAUGUCCCGCCAUCAACCCCUGCCACAUACGUCCCAGGUUAUCAAGCUUCAUCACCUGAUGGAGGUGGGUCGUCUUACGUACGGUCAACUCCCGUUAUGCCACACGGUCUGCCGCCCCUGCCAGCGUUCAAGAAUCUUCACACUUCGAUGUACGCUGUGGGGAGAGAGCCUCGAUCUAUGACUGCCCUCCUCGCCGAAGGUGAUAGCCUUGGACCGCAGCGAGGUGGAGAAUCGUAUGGGAGUUGUGUUGGGUAUCAUGGGUGGGGCAUGCCACGUGGAGGUCAGUGGCAACACUCACCGUCAGCCAUGGGACCUGGCGGGGAAGGAGAGGUGCCUGCGGGGGGGCCUACAUCAUUGGCACAUACAUCAUACGUUGCUGGCACUGCUGGUCACAUGCACGCGGGCGUAGGUGGAGCCACCCCCAAGCUCUAUUAUUCACGACCGCCUCCUCCAUCACCGGUUGGAGGCACUGCGCAGUCCAUGCCUUCGGAUGCCGCAUUCAGCAGUCAUGACGGUCGGCGACUUCAUGUCGUCGAUUCCGAAAUAACGGAAAAUGACCCUUCUGAAUCGGUCGCCGAUCAAGGUGACAAUAUGGACAAGCAGGACGCUGAAAUGGGCGAGACGUGGACAUCACCGACUGGCGACAUAGCUGGUAUGCAAAGCACGGGUCAUGUGACAGUCGACAUCAGCGAUGAUGACAAAACGGAUGAGGGGGUGGGUGGAGAAGUGAGGAAGAAGGGCAGAAGGGCAGGUGGGGGAGGGCACGCUAGCUCUUGUCGACGCAGGUGGGGGAGGGCAGAAGGGUCGCCUACAAGCGAGCGCUUGUCGACCAAGACAAAACAUGACCGUACUCUGCACAAAUAGCUCUCGCGACGUCGUCUGAGCAUCGUAUGGCGCUGUGUAAUCCGAUCCUGAAGUCGUUCCCGGAUUGAC